GUGAAGAACAAACAAGUGAUAUUCAGAGACUACGUUGAUGGUUCUCCCAAAGAAUGUGACAUGUAUCUAGUAACAAAGACAAUUAAGCUGAAGGUUCCACAAGGCUCAAAUGAUGUUUUAGUGAAGAACUUGUACCUUUCUUGCGAUCCCACCAUGCAAUUCAAAAUGAGGAGUGUGAGUGGCCCUUUAGUAUCCACCUCUGAGUAUUAUGUCCCUGGCUCUCCCAUAAAUGGGUUUGGAGUGGGUGAAGUUUUGGACUCGGGGCAUCCAAACUUCAAUGCAGGCGACUUGGUUUGGGGAAAUACUGGAUGGGAAGAGUAUAGUCUCAUCCAAAAGCCAGAAAACCUCUUCAAAAUCCACCACACUGAUGUUCCCCUCUCCUACUAUACUGGAAUUCUAGGUAUGCCUGGUAUUUCUGCUUAUGCUGGACUAUAUGAAGUUAAUUCUCCACCAAAGAAAGGAGAGCAUGUGUUCAUCUCAGCAGCAUCAGGUGCUGUUGGUCAGCUAGUUGGACAGUUUUCAAAGUUGAUGGGUUGUUAUGUGGUUGGAAGUGCUGGCAGUGAACACAAGGUCGAUUUGCUAAAGAAUAAGCUUGGGUUUGAUGAUGCCUUCAAUUACAAACGAGAGCAUGAUCUGGAUGCCGCUUUGAAAAGGUACUUCCCUCAUGGCAUUGACCUAUACUUUGAUCAAGUUGGGGGUAAAAUGCUUGACGCAGUGCUGCUGAACAUGAAAGUUUACGGUCGAAUCACAGUAUGUGGAAUGAUUUCUCAGUACAAUCUUCUUCAGCCAGAAGUGCUAAGGAAUUUGAUGCAUAUUGUAUUCAAGAGACUAAACAUAAAGGGUUUUACUCAUCUAGAUUACCAUUAUGUCUAUCCAAAGAUGCUGGAGACUUUGUUGCCAUACAUAAGAGAAAAGAAAAUUGUGUAUGUAGAAGAUGUGGUUGAGGGGCUUGAAAAUGGACCAAAAGCCCUUGUUGGACUUUUCUGUGGUCGUAACUUUGGAAAACAACUAGUUAAAGUGGCUUAG